AUGUAUGAUGAAAGCACUUUACAAUGCUGUAUCUGCGCAUAUGAUAUGCCAUCCGAGCGCCCCGACGAGCUGCCGGAAAACUAUGCUGCCAUUCCGGAGGAAGAUGUUGACGGCCCAGUGGAAGUAGCCCACAUGGAUGGGUGUACUCACAUGAUGCAUCUUCACUGUCUCGAGGCAUGGUGUGCGUUACAGAACAACUGUCCAUAUUGUCGCACCGACUUUAAAGUCAUCUCGGUCUCCAAAACCUUCGAAGGCCUAACGUAUCGCUCCUUCCCUGUCCCAGAACGCACCCUCAAUGUGGAAGCAAAUAUCAUGCCUGAAGAUGUAAGGCGGUGUCUUGUUUGUGCUUCAGACUUGAACGAUGAGCACUUUAUCUAUUGCGAUACGUGCGAGGAUGGACCCUGGCAUUGGACGUGUCUUGGUCUCGAUGGCCCACCAGGCGCCGGGACUUGGCAGUGCCCUGAUUGCGAGGCGGGUAUGAAUGACCCACGAAAUUGCCCUGAACCUGAUUUUGAAGAGCUUUUUGGUGACGCUGGGAAUCAACCCGGCGAGUUAGGAUAUCACUACCGUCAACGUCAUCUCCGUGAGAUCUACGAGCCUCCCCAUGACGAUGGAAGGGCACUGGGAAAUACCGUACGUAAUGCUCGUCGACGAAAUCGUAUCGCUGAGGAACGACGAGAAGCCAGACGACAGGUCGAUGAAUUCGAGGCGGCAUGGAGAAUCAUGAGGCGGAGGGUUCAGAUACGGCAACAGCAGACUUGGGAACGGCUGAACGCGGACUUGCCUCCCGAAGAAGACGAGAUUGGUGUUCCGCGCACAGGUGCACUUCGGGCAGUCGAUCGGCGAAGGCAGGAGCUUGAGGAAUGGCAUCGGCGUGUUCACCGUGCUGCACCGGCUUGGCUGCGACGAGAGGAGAGGGCGCCGCCUUUAACAAAGGAGGAGAUGGAGGAGAAAAAAGCGUGGGGUAUGUUCGACAAGGCACUCAAGGGAGAGGAUGAGAGAGAGGGAUCUGGGAGUGGAUCGAGGAGGCGGAGUCCGCGAAGCCCAGCCAAUGGAGAUGCCGCACAGGAACAGCCAGAACGAAAACUCAAACGGCCUAGGACGAAGGAUCCAGUAUUACUUCCACCCGCAGCCACACCUGAAAUUGCCAGACCCGUACCGCGCAGGGUCUCAGCCCUCGCAGACACGAAAGACUACACACCAACAGGUAACGGAAUGUUCUCCGAUAUCUUGGCCGACAUCAGAAAACCCGGUACCUCCUCCCCCGCAGCCUUCGAUUACCAAUCCUUCCGCGCAACAAUUGUCACAUCCUCCUCCAAUGCUUACCCUGGCUACCCAAGUCCAGACCUAACGAACACGAGUCCCGAACCAUCGGUAUACUCACCACAAGCGCUCUCCCCAUCUCGACGUCCCAUGUCGCCGAUUUCCGUGUUUGGCUUGACGCUGGCCGACCGGGAGGGGUCACCAACGAGGAGGGUGGCGAGUGUGCCUAUGGAGGAGAUCUUGGGAGUUGUGCCGGGGAGGAAGUUGCCGAGUUUCAAGAAGCGGAAGAGGCUCGCGGAUGAGGGGAGUGAUGGAGGUACAGAAACACCAAAGGAGGAGAAGGAGGAUGAUCUGGACAGUAUCUUGAUUGGGGGUGAGGGCAAGAGCACUGAUACAACGGCUACCGAAACCAAAUGGAAGGAGGGAAAGCGGGAUCGUGAGCGCGAGAGCAUUACGUGGAGGAGCAGGGAUGAGGGUCAACUCUUUCGAUCUGCCAGUCCCGUCGACAAUGAAAAGCGCAACGAGAAAGGGAGAGAAGUUGAGCGACCGAUACCCAGACGGGCCCAAUCUUCGACUGCGCUCAACGAGUGUUCACCUGACAAGACCGAUGACGGGGACGACAAGGCCCCCGGUGAUAACCCCAAGUUCCGCAUUGAACGACACGUGUCCAAGCUUCUCAAGCCUUAUUAUGCGGCUAAACGCAUUACACGGGAUCAGUUCAUGGUAUUUGACAAGAAGCUUACGAACUUGCUCUUCAAUGAGUUGAUGACCGGGGCACCGUCUAACACGGGGAGUGAGGAGAGGUGGUUUAGGCGGGCGGAGACGGAAGUGAAAAAGCUUAUUCAGAAGGAGGGAUUGUGA